UUGUUAUACACUGCAAAGCACUGCAGGAUGUUUGUUGAGCGGCACUCUCAUUUGGGACGAGGAGAAAGCCGGUAGGGGCACCUUAAACACUGUCACUCGGGCGUCUCGGGAUGAGGAUCUGAGAAGAAGAUAAGGAUUAGACAGCAAUGUUUUGGGUAUUCAUUGACGGGAUACAACUUUGAAGAAGAAAAACAUCAGGAAAGUUGGAGACUCAUGUUGUCGCUAAGCAGUUCACUUUGGAGUCGUGGUCUGAAGUGGAGUUUCCUUCUCAUUUUUUUGGAGGGGAGAAUAGGAUUAAGUAAGUGAGCCAAAUUGCUCACUCCUCUGGAAGUGGUAUGAACUUUUCCCCUCGGCCUUCAAAUUCAUACAGACUUACAAGUCAGUAGCAGGAAAUGUGUUAAAACUGAUCUCUAAAAAUGUUCAACUUCAAGUAGGCUAGACUGAUAACUGAGAAGAAACGUCUUUUUAAGGUGGAGAGCCAGAGGGAUUAGAAAGGAUCCGAAUUCCAGAAACAUGACCUCCAGACUGUAUCCAGGCCCUCUCCUGGUGCUGCUCUGUCUCAUCCACGGCGCUGAGGAGUCCUGUCCCUCUAUAUGCCUCUGUGUAUCUGACACAGUGAGCUGUAGCUCCAGUGGUCUGGCCAAGUUACCCUUGUCCCUGCCCUCCUUCUCCGUCACCCUUGACAUCAGCCACAACCAUCUGUCCUGGCUGGGUGCGGGCAGUUUCAAAAGGAUGCCUAGAUUGGAAAACCUCCGGAUGACCCACAACCAGCUGGGCUCCCUGGGCCAUGGGGUGUUCCGCAACGCCUCCGGCCUCAGGCACCUUGACCUGUCCUCCAACAAGCUGCAUGUGGUGGAGCAACACUACUUCCAGGGGCUGUGGAGGCUGGAGGAGCUCCUUCUUUUCAAUAACAAGAUCACACAGGUGGAGGCUGGCACAUUGAGCGGCCUGAGCAGCUUGAAAAAGGCCUACUUCAGCCUCAACCAGCUCACACACUUCCCGUUCUUCUCCAUCCAAGACCAUAGUCACCCUUUCCUGAGCAUGCUGGACCUCUCGUCCAACCGUCUGAGCCGUCUGCCAUGGGAGGAUGUGAAAGCUUUGCCCGGGUUGGUCCAGCGGGGGCUGUACCUCCACAACAACUCUCUGAUCUGUGACUGCUCCAUGUACAGUGUUUUCUGGCAUUGGGAUCUGAGGGGUUACGACGCACUGAAGGACUUUACUGAUGAGCACACUUGCACCACCUAUGGGAACCCACGAGUGUUCAUCCGGUUUCUGCAACACUCCCGCUUCUUCCACAACUGCACUGUGGAAAGCGCUGUCUCACUGCCAGUGACCGUGCUCCUCUCCAACGUAUUGGUUUCAGAGGGAGAAGGAGUGCGUCUGGACUGCCAAACGUCCCUGAGUAGCACAGACCUCUCAUUUACAUGGCUCUCCCCCAGCAAGGGGUACAUCACCCAGACUAGCAUUAAUGACACGCUAAUUAGCCUAUUUCCUAAUGGUACCUUGGAGAUCCAAGCAACCAAGGUCAAUGACUCAGGUUUGUACGUGUGCACAGCUGUGGAUAUUAAACAGGCACUGAAUGCGACCCGGGAGGUGAAUGUGACCGUGUUGCUGCCUGCAGCAGAGUCAUUCAACACUGGCUACACAACGUUGCUGGGCUGUUUGGUGACCACGAUCUGCAUCCUCAUAUACCUCUACAUGACUCCGUGUCGCUGCAGCUGCUGUAAACAGCCCAAACCUCCAGCUAUCCCAAUUGCAACUUACAACCCCAGCACCCUAGCUUCUGUUUUCUCCCCCUCCACUAGACCCCAGCACAAAAUCCAAACUGACAAGCGUGUAGCAUUCAUGGAGCCAAUAAUAAAUGAAGAAGGAACAGAAUGGAUACCUGAAGGUUGAUACUGAACAGGGUUUUCUCUUUUCCUUAUUUUGAAGCGGAAACAAAAGACCUUUGGACAAUGCAAAACUCCUUACUCAAGAAUUAGCAGUGAGAUGCAAUGAGAAGUGAGUGUUAAUGCUGUAUAGGAAAAAAGAACAUCAUGUCUCUUUCCCACACUAAAAAAGGCCUCCUAAACAAAAAGCUAUAUCUCCUGUUCUGGCCCAGUAGUCGAAAUGAAAGUUUAAACUUUGGUUUAUUACCCUCAGUAUACUGACAUUGCUAAAUCACAGUAGAGCUAUUAUCAGCCCUAAAAAUCAGCUAAUAACUUCUCUGUGUACUGAGGUACGACACUAGGGGGAAUAUUUCUUGUGGGAUCAGAGAGUGAAUCUGGCUCACUUUUCACAGAAAGUGUUUAAGGAGGAUUAAAAGCACCGGAAAAACGCUGCAAGUUCAUGCCUGUGAUGGACUGCAGGAAGUAAGUUCAGCCCGUGCAUCUUGGUUGAGUUGAGGUGCUGCAUAAUUAUUGUGGUAGAGCAAGGCACUGCACCAGCUGAAGAUACAGCCCAUAUUUCUUAGAAAUAUGUUGCUUAAAACAUAAGAAGCUCUAUCCAACUCCUGAAAACGUCUGUUCCCUUUGUUCCUAAUAAAGGAGUUGUUCCCUUUAGAUCAAUUGCCUGCUCUGCUGAUUUGGUUUUAAAGGCAAUUUAGGAAAAUCCAUUACUUUCAUAUAAAAAAAGAGGAAUUACGAUACAGCAAAAAAAAAAAAAAAAAAGCAAUAAAUGUUUCUGUGCAGAGGCCACAGAUUUCAGCAAACCUUUAAAAAUCUUAUCUAGCAGAAAACAGAGGGCAUCCUGCAGUGAUCCAUCAUACAUAUACAUAACGCAUAUAAACCUGUUGCAUUAAUCUGGCAGCCAAAAACAAUGACUCUCUGUCUGCACUCUGCUUAUCUGGCAAAUAGUACAAAAAUCAGGAGUGUCAACAAACCAAAAACAAACAGCAAUUGGACUGCUCUUCAAAGACAGAAUCUAUUUGAUCAAACACAGCAGAGCACUUCGAACACUGCGGAACAAACACAACUACAAAAUCUGAACUGAAGUGACAAAUAUUUCAAGCAUGACGCAAACCCCAAAGGGGCAUUACUUUGUAUAGCUUUGUUUUGUUUGUUAAUUCAGUGGAACAUGCUUAAAAUGACAGAAUAAUACGCUGCAAUGCCAGAGAUGAAUGAUGUUGAAGAAGGACGUGCAUGCACUGCCAUGAAAGAACAUAAGUGUGUGGGAUGAGAACAUUAAGUCGAUGACAUGAAAGACCAAAGAGAGCAUAUGGGUGGUCGGGGAUGAAGGGAUAUUUCAAACCUGAUGAAACAAACAGUAGCCUCAAAAGAAACAAAUCAAUUUCUUUCCAUGCAUCCAUAAUGUUUUGGAUUGUAGUUUAAUCUUAAUGCAAACACUGAGUGGGAGUAAGGAUUGCAUCGAGAUUGAAUAGGAUUAGAUGUAAUCCUUCAUAUAAUGUCAAAGAGAAGUCGUCAGUAACCACGCAUCUCACAAAAGCAGAGCGUGUCCAUGGAGGAGGGGCCUUUGAUUAUUUCUAAUCCUUAAUUAAAACUUGACUCCUUUUAAGCCCUUAGAGACUAAUAUUGUUGAGCAACUUGAAUGUAAAUUCACAGACAAAAAAGGUGGAAAUCUAAAAUCAAAUGGGCAGCCGUGCAUGAAACUAGGACAGCUAGCUGUUAGACGCCGCUGACUUUCAUCACUAUUAAACUCUCAGGGAUUAAGCAAAAAAGUCUGUUAGACUAAGCACUGUAUUGUGAUGCACCACUCUGUUUAAUCACACCUCUACUGACUUAUAUGUUAUAUUUAGAAAAAGUUUUCGGUAACACUUAAUUUGAAAGGGUGUGCAUUAAACUGACAUGACACUGUCAUAACCGUGACAUGAAACCUGUCAGGAACAUGAAGGAGUCUUUAUGAAUGUUUAUGACUGUCACUCGACAGUCUUCUUAUUGUCUUGUCAAGUUGUCAUAACACAAAGAUCUCAAACAAUGCUAACUUUGCAUUAAAAGUGUCAUAACUUACCGAAUGACAUUCAUGUCAACAGUCAAACAUUCAUAAAGACUCCCUCAUGUUCAUGACAUGCGUCAUGGCAUGGUUUUGAUGGUGUCAUGUCAUUCGUAUACACACCCAAAUAAAGUGUUAGCAAGUUUUCCCAGUAGUAAGCAACAUUCAAAUUCCUGAACAAAGUAUUAUGUAACGCUGUGUGUGUGAUGACACAUCUUGUAUCAGAGACAUGACCCGUUGUUUUCCAGAGACAGUGUAUUAGAGACAUUACAUGGUGUGAUGACUUGGGGUUAGGUUUUAGGAGAUUACCACAAGGAUAAAAACUAGGUGCUUUGUCAAUUUCAAUGUUUUUUUUAAAUCCCUCUAAUCUGGUUCUGCUCUCUGACACAGCACAAACAGCUGGGUUGGGAUUUAUCGUUUUUUUAUAUUAUUAGCAGAAAGGUUUAAACCGAGGACAUGAUGUGAGCAUUUCUAUUCAAGGGCUUUCUAUUUCACAGAGGGACCACAGGUGACCCUGGUUAUGUAACCACGCUGCUGAUUUAGGGAAUCAACCUCAGUGUAGGCACCAUGUCACAGUUAGAAUGAGUGAAGUUAGUAUCCUGAUACCAUUUGGUAUCCAGCAGUUUAUAUGAACCUUGUGACAGCAAGCACUUUAAUGAUAACGGGAGGCCUCAGCAGUGCAUUUUGAAGAGAGAGAAGAAAAAAACAGGUAUAAAAAGCACACCAUAAAUUAGAAUUUUUUUGCUCUAGCAAAUUGUUAUACAUAUUCCUGCUCAUUUGAAACAUGAGGUGGCAGACAGAUACAUUUAGUUUGCUGAAAUGUUCUGAAAUCGUUCUAACAUUUACACAUUAGAAAGUCCUAAUAAUUCUAUCUGCAAAUUAUCCUGAAUCUCUCUAAUAAGUUACCCAGGUGUAAACAAAAGACCAUAUGAUGCUUUAAAAGAUGCCCCUCUCCAAAGCAAAACACUCCAUCAGACUUCAAUUAAAGCAUGCACUUUCCUUUCCAAAUUAACUGUUUUCCCUAGUUCGGCUGGGCUCCAAGGGAUUCAAAAUCAUUGUAUUCAAGAAUCUAAUUACUGUGAAAGCGGGUGUUUUACUCUGAAUAGCUUCCACUGGUGGAGGGCUGUCUUGACUGUCAACAGGCGCUAUUACUGAACUGUCAAAACAGUCAUCAGGCAGGAGUGGAGGCAUCCAACUGUGGCAGAUAAAUGUACAUCUUUCAGAUAAUGUGACACCCACAUACACAACCUCGGUAGAGGCCCAAUGUCACCAAACCGACAAAAAAAACCUUAUUUCAUUCUAAUUGGACACUUUACUUGGAAUAUGUGCUCGAGAAACACACCAAUAAGUCAUUUCAGAACAGUCCACCAACCAGCUAUGCUAUACUGUAGAUCUUUUCUUUUUUUUUUUUUUAAGGAGGCAAGCAAGUUGCUUCCCAAAAAAAGACUAAAAUAAAUGUGGACUGCUGCACACCAGACAACAGGCUGUUUAUCAUACCUCUGCACUGAAUAUGAACGCAGGCCACUUUCUGUGUUUCCAAAGCCAGAUGAUGCAGCUGGAUGUCCGACAUGUCAAACAGAAUUCUGGUCUCAGUCUCUGUCACUGUGGGGCACAUUGCAAAUGAAUGCCUCAUUAAUCAAAUGUAUAUCUAUCACAUUUCAUUGCAAACAAAAAGCAUUAUGCAGCGAUACACCUUUACCUGAGCCAUUCAGCAUGUUGGAAGCAGUAUCCUGGCUCACGGUCUCCCUGGGGCUGUUAUGGGCUUCAGUGAGUAGAAUUUAGCUGGAUAUCAUAAGAUUUGACAAGCACAAUGACUCAAAGUAUUUUGAGGUUUAUAUUGUUGCUCAUGGCCACUUUUCUAUAACACUGUCUUGUCUUUUUAUUCUUCUUCUGUGUUCAGCUUGUCAUUUCACUUUUUUUUUUAUUGUAUCAUGUUGUAAUGGUGCUCCCCUUGUUAAUCUGUCACACUUCUCCACUAAAAGACAACAAUGAACUGAUGAAAUAUGGCUUUAUUAUUUCCAUUAAAAAAGACCUGUGCUGUCAGAGACAGUAUAGGUAACCUAUCUG